CAAAAAAUUAUUUAUUUGAGUUUAAUGAAACGAUCCUGAUUACUUAAUCGAUUAACAAGAAUAAGUAUGUAUAAUAAAAUGUUAUGUAGCAAUAAGCAAGUAUAGUGAGUAAACAAAGUAUUAGAUAUUGUAAAAAAUGUAGUUUUAUUUGAAAUAGGUUGCUCGGUAAAUAGAGUAUAUUAUAGUUAAUCGAUUCACCAGUUGUAUGGUUUGUAACAUUUGUUUCGAACAACCCCAACAGAUACGUAAGUUUCCCUCGAAGUUAGAUAGUUCUCCAACAGGGGGUUCGCAGGUAAGAAAACUUUCGUAGAGGUUUACAUUGUAGGAGAGAGAUUGGUAGGUAGAAAAGGAGUUCGAUUCUUCGAGAGUAAGAGAAAGGAUGAAAGAAUAGAGGAAGAAAGAAAGACAAGAGGAAGGAAAGAAGGAGCAAAUGUAUAUAAGCGACUUGUAUGGAAGACGCGCCAAUGGACUCUCUCUUUGACCUUACUGAAGCGUGCACCUUUCUUCCCGUUUUUUCUUCGUUCUCCAAUCUCCUUACUCUUCGAAGUUUUCUAUAAGAUCCUUCUAUUUGACGUCCUUGCUCUUCAAUCUUGAUCUUGCCGUGAGGAAGUUCAGUAACUCUUUCGCAUCGUGCACUUUCUAAUUAUGUGUUACCAAAAAUAAUACAUCGAGUUUACAUCUCGUUCUUCGUUGUAACCUUCAAACAAUAUUUGCAGUGAUUUCAAUAAAUUCUUUUUUAUCGAAUCAAAAUGUGUGACCUUUGAAUUAAAAAGUUUCACCUUGUUUCUUGUGAUAUGUUCCUGACGAAAUGGACCUACAUAACAGUAUGCGAAACAUGAAUCUGCUUCGAGUUACGUUAACGCUAUCACUGCUCGUUUUUGCAUGCAGUACGUCAUCAUGCUUGAAAAAUGAUCCAAGUGAACCAUCCUUCGAUAAUGGUCCAAAUAUUAUUCGGCGCAGUAGAAGGGUCGGAUUAAAUGAAUAUUUAGUCCCACCUCCAAUACCGAAACCUUAUCCGGUGAGGUCUGGAAGAGUAGCAAAUCCUUCGGCAGCGGAAUCUCCAGGAUACUUUACACAAUUGAUGAGCUGGUUGAACCCCUUUAAUUAUGUCUCUUCAACUUCUACACCUCUAAAGACAUCGCAUCUUGAACCACCACCUCUUUAUUCUCCACUAACUCAAUCUUACGGCCCUCCACCAUAUAAUUUGCAUCCUGCUUUGCAACCUGGACCGUCUCUUCAUCCUCCACUUGGACCUCAAAUUGAUCCAUCUUUGCAUUCUUCUAUCGGUCCAUUUCCUCCUGUUCAACAUGCCGGUCCACUUCCUCCUGUUCAACAUGCCGGCCCACUUCCUCCUGUUCAACAUGCCGGCUCACUUCCUCCUGUUCAACAUGCCGGUCCACCUGUGGCAGCUCCUUCUAAUGGACAUCCGGAUGCAUCUCUUAAUCUUCCUGCUCGCCCAUCCUUACAAUUUUACAACCCUUCAACGAUCUUUCACGGUAUGCAACGCGCUUUCCCAACUCCGAAAGACAAUCGCGGUAGUUACGUAGCAGCGAAUAAAGGGAAACAUUGUAAUCCUUGUAACAAAGUUCCUUGGAUUCCGAUGCAAGAUAGCGGACUUCAUUCGGACAAGUAUCCGCUUCCUACGCAACUUUCGAACGGUUAUCUUCCUCCUAGCAAUCAAGGAAAUCACGACGUCCAAUACGCGGCUUCGCAUGAAAUCAGAAUACCAGAACUUUCUCAAAUACCUGUUGAACAAACACCUUUCAACAGCGCAUUACCGCACCCACUGUUGUACCAUGACACGAUACCUCCCCUUUACAAAGCAGAACCCUUUGCUCGGCCGUUUCAAAAUCCUCCUGCAAUCGAAAAUGUGGAACAUUUCAAAUCACCAGCUUUGCCUGUGACACCGUUAACUGAUCAAGUACACAAAAGUCCUGAUGUUAAGGACGAGCGUUAUAAUAUUUAUGGUAAUGACGAUCAGAGAUCCAUUGGAACAGAGAUUAAUCAAGGACAUGUAAGUGCCAUAUCUAAAAGCCAUGAGAUCGAGAUCAGCAAAGAGCCUGUAGAUCACAAAGAAUCAUUUGAUAGUUCGAUUCUCGAUGCUCAGUCUCCAGGAUCGUCGAAUCUCGAAAAUCACGAAUUUCCUAGUCAAAGUGGUAACGAAUACCAUGAACUCUUUCAUCCAAAUCCAACUCCUAUCACCGAUUUCAAUUACUUACCGCCGGAUCUGAAACCUUCGGCUAGCUUCGCAACUUCCACCUUUCACAAUCAAGAAAGCGAUAGUUUGAAUUAUCAAUAUUCCGACGAUUUGUCGCCUAGCGGCAGUGUCAUUAAAGAUUCUCAUGUAACGACGCAACCGUCUCUUGUGAGUUCUUUCGUUUCGAAAGAAAGGCCGAUACACUUUGAGGAAUCGCCGCUGCUAGAUCUGACGAAAAAAGACGAAAGUCGCACCGAUAUACAAUGGCCAACUUCCACUAUUGGCUAUACCGAUAUCGAUAAUGUAUCCGAUAAUACAGCGAAGACAACUACAGAUUAUAAUUUAGAAACCGAAAAUGUAUUUUUCGAAGAUUCAUCCGAUUCUGUCAAAUCGACUGAAUCGUAUUCUUUUCCGGAUAUUCAAAAUAUUAAUAGUGUUUUUGGACCUUCAACAAUCGCAACCGUGGAUUUCUCAAAUAGUAAUAUUAAUCAACAUGUCGAGACGUCAACAGGUAGUAGAGAAUAUACAAAUCAACAAGACGUUUCGUAUAUUCCACCAUCCGGACAAGCAGGAUAUUUGUGGCCAAGUUUGCUAAUAAAUGCACCAAACUUGAGAAAUCAUUCAUCGAAGAAUCACGGUUCCUUGAAUCAUCUUGCUCGAUGGAAUAAUUCUUUCUUAGGCAAUAAGAAUUCUGAAAAGCAAGAGAGUAUAGAUACGAAGGAUACGCGAGAUACGCUUCAAAAGCCACAAAAUAUGAAGCGAAAUAAACAAGUACAAGUUAUUAUACCAUACACGUCGGAAUAUACACCUAUUCCGUUCCAACAAUCUUACGGAGAUUGGAGUAUCAAAACUAAUUUUGAACGUACGCAGCCAAGAAAGGUUCCUUCUCGAACCGGAUUGAACGCUGAUAAUUAUCUUCAACAAGAAUCUAGGAAUGAUAUUCGAGUAGUUAAUCAAUUUCAGUCACAAUUCAAUGUCAAUAACUCAAAGAAAUUGAACGUGCAAUCGAUAAGACCAUCUUCAACUACGGUAGAAGAUUCGAAAAGCACUACAACAAGACCAAACACUUCCAUCGACGUGCGAAGGUUGCAAAAGAAUAUCGAUAACUGGACGAUACAAGAAUAUUCAAGACCUACAACGUCUAGUACAAUUUUACCUAGUUCCUUGCAUCCUUAUCUUUCGCCAUCGAAGAAAAUUCCAACGGAAUACUUAACAACAACAGAACCAGCCGAUCGUAUAAAUGAGUCGAAAGAACACAAUGAAAUUGUGAAAACUUAUUCUUUGGCUGGCUUUAGUUUCAACGAGAUAGAACAUGAAGGUUCCGCGAGUAAUCGUAUCGAGGAGAAUCAAUCGGCCGUAAAGGUUCUACGAAUAGAUAAACCGAAAGUCACAAUUAACGACUUACACAGCGUAGAUAAGCCCACGAUAGAAGAAAAGUCAACAUGGAAGUCAGACUCUGUUUCGAUAUCAUCUAUAAAUAAAGAACGAGUUUACGUGGUAACGCCACAACCGAUAUCACAAAUACCCCCUGAAAAUGACAUGGAAAAUCGUAAGGAGCAAGGGAAGACCGAACAACCGGAGCAAACAAGUGAAUCAACUGCCAGUGACAUAAGCAACAGCAAGAAUAAUUUCAGUGAAUUUGAAGCGAUCGAAAAAGCUUAUCAAGUGCUUCCGCAAGCGGUAAAUAAUCUUGCUGUUGCAUCCACCGGGAAGGAAAACAUUCCAUUAUGGGGAAUUAUGGAACACGAAGAGUUUGCUUCUUUGAAUUUGAACGAAAAUGACGAAGAAGCAGCAGAAGAUAUCGUGGAUGGACCGAUACUUUAUUCUGGGCACUCGAAGGUGUCACGAGCUAAACGAUGACAAGCAAGAAUCUCUUAAAUAUGGAGGCUGAAAAACACAAUUUUUAAUUGUGAAUAGUUAAUUGUUCGGCCGUUUUAAUCUUAAAGAUCUUAACAGGACACGAAUAAAAUUGUUUUAGGGUUUUAAGUGUACAACUUGAACUUUAUUACGGCCAGUGUAGACUUAUACGUAUUAUUAUAUAAAAACAAUAAGAUGAUUAUUUGUAACAUAAACAGAUACAUCUGUAAAAAGUAACGUGUUACGAGUGUUGCGAAUUAAGGCUUAAUUUCGAAUUUCCCUUUUUUGCUAUAUACGAAGAAUUGCUAUGAAAAUACGAUUUCAUCGACGUAACUGUUAUUUGAUCGUGUAAUUACUUUGUAAAUACGUAAAAGUAAACAUACUAUAAGUUUGAUAAAUAGGAUUAAAUUAAUUGUAAGUACGUACUGACAAGGUUGUAUCCCCAAAAAUCCAUAAUUAUUUUUGUAAAAUAGAGAAAAAUUCAACAGUUACAAGUUGCUAUAGACUGUCGAAUAAAUUAGAUCAUAAUAACGUUAAUCAUUACUCUGAUGUUGUUAAAAAUCUCCUUCAAUUCUGAAUUUGAAGUUUGCCUUUACAACAUUAAAGAGUAGAACACAGAGCGCACAAUAUAUAUGUACGCGUGAAAUGUAUAAAAAUAAACAUUCUUCGACUCGACGAAGUAUAGUUAUAAAAUUAAAGGGACCAUUAUCCAUUUUUUGGCUAUUUUUAAGAGAGGCAGAAUCAACUUUGUAAUGUACUAAACCCUACUGUACUACUAACGUAAAUGUAAAUGUAAUGUAACUAAAUUCAAAGUACAUUUAAAAGUUAGAAACUCAACUUUAUUUUUGAUUAUCUGAAUAAGUUUUUCUCUGGAUAUAUAACUAAAUAUACGUUUUUUUAUACCGUCACUUUCGAUGAUUUUGCACACUUGGAAGCCACCCAAAAAGAGCUAUUUGUAUUCAGAUACUACAGCGAUGCAACUCAUACGUAUUCCGCGUACUGCGUGUUUGACAAUGUUUAAGACUUUCUCGAUUAUAUGGUGAAAGGAGACCGUAUUCCGGUUCACGUUGUUUCAUCAAUUGAAAAGUGCGACCAUUUUACCAUGAUUUCGUGACUGAAAUUUACGAUGAUACUCUCUAAUUUUAUUGUGCUUUGGACUUUUACGAAACGAUAAGAGAAGUAUAUCAGAAAUUGAUUUAAAGCUGACUAGAAAGUUCUAAGAAUGAAUACUUGAAAAAAAGUAUUCCUGGAUUCGUAAAUGCAUAUUGAAAUUAUCGGAAUUAUUAAUUUCAUUCUUCUUAUAUAUAUUAAUUGAAUUGUGACUUUUUAUUAACUUACUUCUAUCUAUUACAAUAAUCUUAAAGACA